AAAAAACAGAUUCAUGUUAAACACACCCAACGUAUGACCGAAUGGAAAUAUGUUGUAUGGAAUAUAUCCAGUGAGUCCGGGCAAAUAAGUCGAAAAGAAAUGUAUUAGCCAUGACAGUGUUAAAUUAAAGUGCAUUUUGACGUUAAAAAGAGUGCCGUGUUUUAUCCGAAAUAAGCUACUGGAAGUGAAUAAGAAGUGGACUUUUAUUUACGUGUUUCAACGACUUUUUUUUUACACUAAAAUAAUACCACCAACAUGCGUGAAUAUAAGAUUGUGGUCCUGGGCUCAGGAGGUGUCGGCAAAUCGGCUUUAACAGUGCAAUUUGUACAAGGCAUAUUCGUAGAAAAAUAUGAUCCCACCAUCGAAGACAGUUAUAGGAAACAAGUCGAAGUAGAUGGACAGCAAUGUAUGUUGGAGAUCCUAGAUACCGCAGGCACAGAACAAUUUACGGCGAUGAGGGAUUUAUAUAUGAAAAACGGCCAGGGUUUCGUUCUGGUUUAUUCAAUAACAGCACAAUCCACAUUCAAUGAUCUGCAGGAUCUACGGGAGCAAAUUCUGCGAGUGAAGGAUACGGAUGAUGUACCAAUGGUGUUAGUCGGUAACAAAUGUGAUUUGGAGGAAGAACGAGCGAUAGGAAAGGACCAAGGUACUAACCUAGCUCGCCAGUUUAACUGUGCCUUCAUGGAAACAUCUGCCAAAGCGAAAAUAAAUGUUUAUGAUGUAUUUUAUGACCUAGUACGACAAAUCAACAAAAAAUCGCCGGAGAAGACUAACAAAAAGAAAAAGAAAUCGCUUUGUGUUCUGCUAUAACUCCCUUUAAUCAUUGAACCAAAAAGUACAUAUAAAUAUUUGAAGACUAUUGUAAGACAAAAAGUGUAUAGGCAUUAAGGCACGUGCGGACAUAGGGCCUUUGCAGUGAAAAAAAAAAUGUUUAAAAAAUUACGCUCUGUAUAUCAACUUUUUAACAAAAUGAAAAUAUUUUAAAUAUUUGUAAUAAAUUUUAGUUUAUUUUUCUUUUCCAAAAAAACAAAAAAAAAAAAAUACAAAUGAAAAAAAUAUCCGAGUUUGUUAACUAUCUAGAUGCAAUUUUAGUGAUAGGGUAUUUGAUAUACUGCCAAUUGUGGUGUCAAAUAGAUAUAGAAAUUUGUGAAAAUUAGUGGUAUUGUGUUUAUAAUUUUUUCGAGUCAAGACUAUCUAAGAGGACAAUACUUAAAUGUUUCAGCCACUGUAGCCUGGUACAAAAAAUACCGCAAAAAAUAAUAAAUAAAAAUAAAUUCGCUGAUAACACUGCAGCACGUAACUAUGUGCUGAGUCGCUCAUUUUGAUGGAAACAUUACUUGGAUGGUGAUGUGAAUUCAUUAAGCCUCUCCGAAAUCUUUAAUUCCACACGAAUCAGUAUUUUUCCAGUGAUCAAAAUCGAAUUGAUUUCUAGAUAACGAAGACAAAUAAUUUUUCCGAUUAGUUCGUAAGUCCAGUCGUUUCAUUUUUGGGAAAGUCGUGUGUACCAGUCUUGGUGCGUAAAUGUUGUUUUUUUAAAAGGGACCACAAAAACAAAUUGUUUUAGAUUGUUGCAAGUAUUUAAAAAAUGAAAAGAGCUCUAGGUAAGUCGCCGUAAUGUUAUCAUCCAAUUAAUAUUCCUUCAAAACAACUGCCAAUGUUUUAAAAACGCUGAAAUUGCUCAGGGUCUUCCAUCAGGUAACCUUCCCUCUCCAAUCUAUGAAAAACCAGGUUAAAUCAUCUUUUUGUUCACAAUGCAGUAAUAGGUGUUUGGGACGUGCUUGCUGGAACGCCCUGUACGGCGCAACUCAUUUUUCAAACUGGAAUUAUUCCAUGGCGCUAUUCAGAUGAAAUAGUACUUCGUUUAGAUGGUUUCACCUGAGCCUUUCUAAGAUUUUAAGUGUUGAAGACAAUAGUGCCAUUAUUUUCCUUGUUUGAAAUGACACACGUUUCAAGUUCAUGAAUGUAUAAAAAUAAUAUUAAUAAAACAACCAUUGUUGCAUCCUAUUAAUAGCGUUUAAAUCCAGCCGUAAAAUAUUCUAUAACUAUUAGAUGUGUUUAUAUUUGUGGUAGUUAUACCUAAAUUUGGACAAGUUGUGAUAGAGAUCCUUUUUGGUGCUUGUCUAAUAGAGUGAUGCUCUUGAGGAAAACGUCAUAUUGAACAGUCGUCGCGUCUCGGGGACUGCCAUAAAUAUGUUCGUUCACCUUCAAGUCCCCGUUUUUAAUCGCGUCGUAGAACAAGUAGGUUGUUUUUUAGAUCAUCGCUGCAUCACCAGUUAACUGUUAAAUUUCGGAUGAGCUUCCUUACGUACGGACUUGAAGUUGGGGCCCGGACACGUGGCGACUGUUUCCGUGUAUGUGUCAAUUGUAUGUCAUCUAAACCAAACCGAUUAUGGUGCUUGUUACGAUGUCCAUUGGAUUGUUGGUCCUGUUGCCCUGUAGGCACGAGGAUUGGCAGAACGUGGUGGCAUUGGCUAUACGUAAUUUUAUUCUGUUUUCACUUUUAUUCUAUACUGACAAUCAACUAAUUCAAUUACACAGGAUGUUUCUUUUGUUUCUUUUAAUUUUAAUGUUGAACUGAAGUCCACGUCGAGCAUUAGGGAAUUGUCACGGUGCUAUUUAAGCUGUGGGUGCUUCAGUUUGGCAAUGGCUAUGUUGUAUGUAUCCAUUUUGAUUAAGUAACAGUCAUUAUUUAUUUCUUAAGCAAGAAUGUAUAUAAAAGAUUGAUUGAUUUUAAAAUUGUACAUUGAUCAUAAUCACAGUUUUUAUUUUAGUAUAUCUUAAGUGUGUAUUAUACAUAUGCUUAUAUAUAUUUUCUAGUACUACUAUAUGUAUAUUUUCUUAAAAUAUGGAGGGGACAAAUAUAGAUUCCAGUUAUAAUUAAGAGAACUUUGUUGAAUUUAGUAAUUUUAAGUGAUCCAUUAAUUUAUUACUAUUUCUCAAAUUUGCUCGGACAUCACUACUAUUUGAGCACUGUAAUUUUUUUAAACAAAGGCACACAAUAAAUAACUCUGAGGUGUGCUGAUCAUAGGAAAGAACUUUGUAAUAUACCCAAACCUCUCCACAGUCACAAGGAUUAUGAAUAAUAGACACCAAUAUGUGUAUAUAAUUAUAUUAAAAACACUUUUUUGUAUACACUACAACAAAAUAGGCUUUAUUUGUUUAUUGUCAUUAUAAUGUUAUUUUCCCAGCUUUGCAAGCGACAAAGGGAGAUAUUAAGAAUAUUAAUUAAGUAUAAGAAAGCAUAAUGAAAUUCUGUACUGAAUGUAAACAAGCAUAAAAUUGUUAUAAAACUUUCAAACAGCGGAAAAAGUACAGAACAGACUACACAGUCUUGUAAAUACAAUUUUCAUAUUAAAAACAGUCCACGCACAAAAAAUAAACUGAAUGGGAAUUUUAAAAGUUGACUUUUUCUGCUGGUUGAAACAUGUAUACAUGAUAUAUUAAGUAUUUGUAAAUUUAAGUUACAGUAAUUGAACUUUAUAUUUUAUUUGUAGUGUAUGAAAUUAUGAUUUAAAAAUAAAAACGUAUUGUUGAAUAUCGAA